GGAGCCGUUUAUGUGCAACGAUACUCCACUUUAGCAGGCACUUUUUCAACGAUUGCUGAACUUUGAUCAGAUAUAUACGGUACCCGCCUGGCCCAGUCAAACGGCACCCUUUCCCCCUGCUCCGGCACACUCACACAGAUAUGAGCGGCAGCGGGCGGCCCAGGACUAGCUCCUUUGCCGAGCCUUCGGGGGCUCCAGGAGCCGCUGCAGCCGCCGCCGGAUUGGGCGUUGCUGGUGGAAGCACUUCAGGAAAAUCCGGAGCGGGCCAGGCCUCUGGGGGCAGUUCAUCUGGCUUUGGAAAUGUAAAGCUCGGCAGGGACAGCGGCAAGGUGACGACAGUGGUGGCCACGCCCGGACAGGGGCCGGACCGUCCACAGGAGGUCUCUUACACGGACAUUAAAGUUAUUGGGAACGGUUCCUUUGGUGUGGUCUACCAGGCCACACUCACACAUACACAUGAGAUGGUCGCCAUCAAAAAAGUACUGCAGGACAAGAGGUUUAAGAACCGUGAGUUACAGAUCAUGAGGAAGUUGGAUCACUGUAACAUCGUCAGGCUGCGUUACUUCUUCUACUCCAGUGGAGAAAAGAAGGAUGAGGUGUAUCUAAACCUGGUUCUAGACUUUGUUCCUGAGACAGUGUAUAGAGUGGCACGCCACUUCAACAAGGCCAAAACCACCAUCCCCAUCAUCUACGUCAAAGUGUACAUGUAUCAGUUGUUCCGGAGUUUGGCGUAUAUUCAUUCCCAGGGCGUCUGUCACAGAGACAUUAAACCUCAGAACCUCCUGGUCGACCCCGACACGGCCAUCCUCAAACUCUGUGACUUCGGCAGCGCUAAACAGUUGGUGCGCGGGGAGCCGAACGUGUCGUAUAUCUGUUCGCGGUAUUACCGCGCGCCAGAGCUCAUAUUCGGAGCCACUGAUUACACGUCCAACAUCGAUAUCUGGUCGGCAGGGUGUGUGCUGGCCGAACUGCUCCUGGGUCAGCCCAUCUUCCCUGGAGACAGCGGAGUGGAUCAACUGGUCGAGAUCAUUAAAGUGCUGGGGACGCCUACGAGAGAACAGAUCAGGGAAAUGAAUCCCAAUUACACAGAAUUUAAAUUCCCACAGAUCAAAGCCCACCCCUGGACGAAGGUGUUUAAGCCGCGGACGCCGGCAGAAGCCAUCUCUCUAUGUUCCCGUCUGCUGGAGUACACGCCUGUAACACGCCUGUCUCCGUUAGAAGCCUGUGCUCACGCCUUCUUUGACGAGCUGCGCCAACCCAACACACGCCUGCCCAACGGCAGAGAACUCCCCCAUCUAUUCAACUUCAGCCCAAUGGAGCUGUCUAUCCAGCCACAGUUGAACUCCACUCUCAUUCCUCCUCACGCACGCUCCCAGACGACACCUCCCUCUCACGAUGGCAGUGUAUCAGACGGUUCUGCCCAGUCCAACGCUGAGUAACAGCAGCUAAACAUUACCAACCACCUCUUCUGUCCUCAUCUUCCCUAAUUCUUCUGUCUGUCCUGGACACACACACACACACACACACAUGCACACACACAUACACAUACAC